AUGGCUAAUUAUUUUACUCUUCAAUGUCUUCUUCUUGCCUCCUUUCUCCUAAUUGUUACAUGCCCACAUGAAGGCUCAGCCGCUGUUAGCUUCAAUGACAAUUACUACAUCACCUGGGGAAACAAUCAUGCUCAACUUCUCAACCAAGGAACAGAACUUCAACUUACAUUGGAUCAAACUUCUGGGGCCGGAUUUGAGUCAAAGGCGAUGUUCGGGUCGGGUUCUUUCACCAUGAGACUGAAAAUACCAGCAAAAAAAUCUUCUGGAGUUGUUACAGCCUUCUAUUUGAUUUCCAAGACGGCAAUUCACGAUGAGAUCGACUUUGAGUUCCUGGGACACAAUGGAGCUCCUUACACAUUACAAACAAAUGUGUUCUCCAACAAUGUAGGAGGCAGAGAGCAAAAGAUUAGACUUUGGUUCGAUCCUACAAUAGAUUACCAUUCUUACACUAUUCUAUGGAAUAGCCACCAGAUCGUGUUAUUUGUGGACAAUAUUCCGAUCAGAGUGUUUAAGAACAAGGCAGAUAUUGGAGUGAGUUACCCAUCACAACCAAUGCACGUAACGGGGAGCCUAUGGAAUGGCACCUGGGCUGCUGGCGGGAUCCCGAUCGAAUGGAGUCAAGCUCCCUUCCAAGCUUACUUUCAAGGAUUCACUGUCACUGCCUGCCCAUUACAAGACUACAGGCAACGUCAACUGUGUUAUAACCCAAAUUUAUGGUGGAACAGAAGGAAUUACUGGCAGCUAAAUCGCCAACAACAAGCAUUGUUGGAACGAACAAGGAAGAGUGUCUUGACUUACGACUAUUGCACCGAUAAGUCCAGGUACCCUCGGCAGCCUCCAGAGUGCCUAUACAACCAGUAAAAGAAUGGCAUUCUAGCAUGAUCGAUCAAUCAUUUUCAUUUCAUUGAUACAUUCAAUUCAAACAACAUUACAACAAUACAGAAAAUAAAUAUGAUUACAUGAUUGACAAACAGAUAGAUUACGUCUUUGUCAGUCAUGUAAACAUAUAGCUUGAAUUUCAAU